GCUCGCGGCGCUCGCACGAGGCGGACACGGGACGGGAGUCAGAGCAUCGCUUUCGGAAGCGGAGUUAUGCUCUUUAGAGGCGCUCCGCCGAGUGCCUCUUUGCAGACGGCCUGUCCAGUGCGGGGGACCCACCGCCAGGAGCCCGUCCAUGCGAAGUCUAGCAUUGCUGCUGUGUCCGUGUGCCGUCGCCGUUGUGGUGCAUCUCUGGCUGCUGGCGAACAGAGCCGCCUUCUUUUUGGAUUUGCAGGAUUCAGAUCGCCAGGUGCGGGCCCCUGAAGUUUUGCUGGGAGUGCUCUCGGCGCGUCACCACCAUGCGCUCAGGGACGCCAUAAGGGACACCUGGCUGGGGUACCUCAGGGACCAUCCCCAGUUCCGACAACGGGUGCAGGUGAAAUUCAUCGUCGGCAGGCAUGGCUGCGCCGUGCCCGAGGAGGACCGGGAGGAUCCGUACUCCUGCACCCUGCUGAACAUCACCGAACCCGCAGAUUCCCAGGAGGUGGAGGUCCUCACCGUACAGCACGGCUCUGCUCUCGGUCCUUCCGAAGUCUCCGUGCUCAGCUUGGAUUUCAAGGUCCUGCACCCCCUGGUGGUCACACGCCUGGGCGUCUUCCCAGACGGCCCCGCUCAGGAGCUCCACGGCAACAUCACUGUCAAGCUUUUCCAGGUGGACCAGGAGGAACCCGUGGUGACAGCGCGCUUCAGUGCCAUCAGCACAGGCACCAAUGUGAACGGAGUGUGGUACAAGCCGGUGGAGCAAUUCAUCCUGCCACGGGGCUUCGAGGGUUCACUGGUGUGGGAGAGCCUGGACUCUGCCAGUCUGACCACGGUGGACAUUUCCGGGGUGCGGCUCAACACCGGCGGGGGGGUGCUGAGGUUAUCCGCGGUGGAGGAGGGCACGCUGCCCCACAGGAGUGCCCGUGGUCUGCCGGGACUAGCUGGAGGAUUCACCUUCACCAUAUACGAUGUGGAGGCUCUGUCAGAGAUGCUGCGGGGCCGUUCGACUCGCCGAGAGCGGCACGCGGCCAAGCUGGAGGAGGAGGGGGAGGAGCUGGAACGGGAGAGCCGUCGGCACGGCGACAUCGUCUUCGUCGACGUGGUGGACACCUACCGGAACGUUCCGUCUAAGCUGCUGCAGUUUUACAAGUGGUCAGUGAGAAGGGCUGACUUCAGCCUUUUCCUGAAGACGGAUGAUGAUUGCUAUAUCGACGUGGAUGCCGUGCUAAUGAAGAUAGACCGAAAGCAACUGAAGCGGAACAAUUUCUGGUGGGGAAAUUUCAGGCAGAGCUGGGCGGUGGACCGUGUCGGCAAGUGGCAGGAGCUGGAGUACGCCAGCCCCGCGUACCCCGCCUUCGCCUGCGGAUCGGGCUACGUGGUCUCCAGGGACCUCGUCCAGUGGCUGGCCGACAACGGCGAUAAACUCAAGGCCUACCAGGGUGAGGAUGUCAGCAUGGGGAUAUGGAUGGCCGCCGUGGGACCCCAGAAAUAUCAGGACCCCGGCUGGUUGUGCGAGAAGGACUGCCAGCGGAAUAUGCUGUCUUCGCCCCAGCACUCUGCUGAGGAGCUGCGAUCCAUGUGGGCCUGGAGGACGGCGUGUGGAGAUGCUUGCGGCUGCCCCCGGGCCCAGCUCUGAGCGGCAGGGACACCGGCGCUGGCUGCGGUCUGCGGAGGUCCAUCCAUCACCCUGAGCCCUGAUCCAGAGGCUAGUCUGGUGACCGGCCCCGUGACACCAAAACCCAGUGACAAAUCUGCAGAGAGACAGACUGGCUGGUUCUGUUCUUUAUUUUAAUUCCUUCCUUACAUCUCCUACAUCACAGGCUCGUAAACCUCUCCUGCAGGAGCCCCAGCCACACGCACAUGGGAGAUGUAAGCAUGGCUGAAGGAGGGACAGACAGGAUAGCAAAAUGAAACGGAAUGGCUGGGUGUCCCCUAGGAGAGGUUUAAAAACAACAUACACCAAGGGCUGGGGGUGUAUUAAGAUGACAAACACAACCCCCCCCCCCCCAAGACAUGCCAGGAGUGAUUUCACACAUACAGCUGCCCCACGGGGACUUUGCAGUACAGAAAGCGAGACAAGCACGCUGGAGGCUCCUGCAGCUGGGAUUAGCUCGUCCUUUACGUCAGAAUCUCAGAGGCCGAACCCAUGCGAGCUGCAGUCUGAGACUCAAUCUCGCAGGAACAGACGCAAGUGUAUAUGUAUAAAAGUUUAAUUUUCAGUACUUCUGUGACAUCCCAGAAGUGGUGACGGCGGCGGCGGACGUCCUCCUGACAGGUGGCUUCCUUGCCCCCUUUUCAGCAUCUCUCUGCUUGCUACGUGCUUUUGUAUCAUCCGUGAAUAAGGACGCCGCCACCUCAUCCGAUCCCCUUCCGCCACGAAAAGUAGUCCCGUUCCUUGUACACUGGUUGUCGUGGACGUUCCUCACCGCAGACUGCAAGCAAUUCAAAUGCACAGGUGAUUCAGUAUUGUAUAAAAUAUUCCUUUGAAAUAUUAAGAUUAUGAAAAACUAUUUAAUCCUGAUAUUUAUCAUAUACACAACCAUGCUACUCGACAUUGGCAAUAGUGGUUUUUAAUAAAACUGCGGCACUGAGUGAA